AUGUACACCCACUUGCACCCGUCUGUGAACAAAUUCAAAAGUCAAACCAAGUCGGCGAUGGCGGGCAAGACCAAGUCAGUGUCAGCCGCAGGCAAGACCAAGUCGGCGAUGGCGGCGGGCAAGAUCAAAUCGGCGUCGGCGGCGGGCAAGAUCAAACACGGCACUCGACUGGCUGUAGGAGACCUCGUCGCCCGCGCUGAUGCAGGCGAUGUGUGCGGCAAAGUUAUGUUCCGGGGAAAGACUCAGUUUGCGCCAGGGGUGUGGAUCGGAAUCGCGUGGGAUACACCGGACGGAUCGCACGAUGGCGUCGUCAAGGGCGUGCGGUACUUCGAAUGCGAGGCCGGCCAUGGCUCCAUGCUCCGGCCGGCGCUGCUCACUCGGCUUCCUCCGCCACCAUCGCCGCCGCCGGCAACGUUUGUGACCGAGGUCCCGGCAGCAGCCUCGUCGUCGGCUCCGCGCCGCCCGGUCUCGUACUACUCGUGGACAACGAGCCAGAUCACCGAGUACCUCGCUGAAAAGGGCACAGACGCUGGAGCGAUUGCCGCCACCGAGGUAGCGGGCGUGACCGGACGUGAGGUGUACACCCUGCUUGAGGGCACGCCCGACUACGAGCUUGGCGAGGCGCUGGCGGAGCAGGUCGGCCUCGAUCCGGGCGCCGCAGCGCGGUCGUGGCUGGCAGCAAUGCGGGCACUGCCGCCGCCGCCGGGCGAAGAGCUGAUUGCCGCGCAUCACUUUGGUCCUGACGCCCGAGUCUGCCUCCUCUCAAACGUCCGCGAGGCGAUGAAGGCGGUUGUGGCCGAGACGCGCAAGUUUCCGCUCCUCCUCGACCCGUCCGGAACCGUCCAGGUCUUCCUCAAGUAUGCGGUCAACGCGCAAGUUUCGGGCAAGGCACUGGUCUUGGCCAAGGCGACCGGGCGCGAGUGGAAGCCGGAGCUUGUCCGCGGCCUCACUUCUGCGCUCAACUCGUCCGUCCUCCGCGAGCCGCUUCUCUGGUUUGAUUUGGGCAAUGCCGCGGUCGAGGUCGACGGCCUGACCAUCGACGGCGUCUUUCCGCGCCCGGCGCUUGUCCCGCGGGCGCUGGCUAGUUCACCACACGCUCUGCUCGACGCCUUUAUGGCGUCGUGGGCAGCAACGGUGGACGACGACUACCGCGAGACCUUCCAGGCCUCGCCCGACUUUGCUGUCGUCGCCACGUCGGCGCUUGACGACGCAACAGCCGCGAGCGCGCUCCCGGCCUCGGGCAUCUUUGACUACUUUGAGCAGCUGCGAGUUGUGGUCGACAAUCCACUGCCCGGCUCGCAGCGCCCGGCGCCGACGGCGGCGUGCGUCGGCUGCCGCGCGCCCGACGACUACCUCCUCGCGGCGUAUUGUGGGUGA